AUGCCUCAGCUGGAUACCCAACUUAUUGGCAAGGUUCUUAGCAACUGUACAGAUGGUAAGAUACCUAAGCUGUUUAAACUCAUCCCUUCAAUGAUAAACUGGGAAGAUAUUCUGUAUUUGACUGAGCCCGAGAAGUGGUCUCCCAAUGCAAUGUAUCAAGCUGUGAGAAUUUUUGCAUCCAAUAUGGGUGUGAAGAGGGCAGAGUGCUUUUACAAGCUUGUCUUGUUGCCACGGGUUAGAGAAGAUAUUAGAAAGAAUAAGCGUUUGCAUUUUGCUCUGUAUCAGUCCUUGAAAAAGUGUGUUUACAAACCUGGUGCAUUCUAUAAAGGAAUACUAUUUCCUCUAUGUGAGUCAAAAACAUGCAAUCUAAGGGAAGCUGUUAUUAUUGGGAGCAUAAUACAAAAAGUUUCUAUUCCUCUUCUUCAUUCAAGUGUUGCAUUGUUGAAACUUGUUGAUAUGGAAUAUUGUGGUACAACAAGUUACUUUAUAAAGAUUAUUUUGGAGAAAAAGUAUGCUCUUACAUAUCGGGCACUUGAUGCUCUUGUUGCACAUUUUGUGAGAUUUUUGGAUGACACAAGAAUUAUGCCUGUAAUAUGGCAUCAAUCGCUGCUUGCCUUAGUGCAAAAGUACAAGAAUGAACUGCAGAAGGAAGAUAAAGUUAAACUGAGAGCUUUUCUUGAAAAGCAAAAUCAUAAACUAAUUACUCCUGAGAUUACCAGGGAGCUAAAUAAUAGCCGCAAUCGGGUUGAGAAGGAGGAUGAUCUUAUGCUAAUUGAUAUCCUUUGUUUGCAAGGCUCAUUGCGUUGUUGCAGCAUCCCAUAUCUGGCUGAUGAUUUACUUGGAAGAGUUUUUGAUGAGUGCCCAGAUAUCAAAAUACUCAAGAAACUCCAUUCCAAGAUCUUUUUUGACCAGCAUCUUCAUCAGAAUCCAUCACUAGCUAUUAAGCUUAUGAGGGGUUAUGCAGCCAAUGAGGAAACAAGGAUUACCCACCACAUAUUUGAUUUUGAUGAAAUGUCUGUGAAGAAUGUUGUCUUCUUUAAUGUCAUGAUGGUCUAG